UUGCCAGCCGCGUGGACCGGAGGCAACAACAGCAGCAGCAGCAGCAUGCUCGUUCGCCGCCUUUCCGCAAGUCGUCACAUUCGCCGCCUGUCAACGACGGUGGACCAGCCACCGGUGCUUAUCGAGACGGCCGGCCGCGUCGCCAUCCUCCGCCUCAGCCGGCCUUCGAGCCUCAACGCGAUGACGGCGGAGAUGGGCGACGCGUUUGCCGAAGCCAUCACCGAGCUCUCCGGCAGGUGCGACGAGAUUGGGGCCGUCGUCGUGACCGGCGCUGGCAAGGCCUUCAGCGCGGGCGGAGACCUCCAGUUCCUGCGCGACCGCGCUGAGGACUCGGCGUGGCGCAACACGGCGGUGAUGAGGCGGUUCUACGAGCGCUUCCUGUCGGUGCGGAAGCUGCCAGUGCCGACGGUGGCGGCCAUCAACGGUCCCGCCAUCGGCGCAGGCCUCGGCCUCGCGCUCGCCUGCGACGUGCGUGUCGCGUCACCCGCCGCCAAAAUGGGCGUGACAUUUGUUGGACUCGGCAUCCAUCCCGGCAUGGGAACGUCGCACUUCCUGCCGCUGGCGGUGGGCGAGCAGGUGGCGGCGAGAAUGAUGCUGACGGGCGAGGUCGUGGGCGGGGAGCAGGCGCUGCGCGAGCGGCUCGUCGCCUCGCUCGACGAGGACGCCGAGGCGGCGGCGGUCGAGGUUGCGGCGCAGAUGGCGGCGCAGGCGCCGGCGGCGGUGCGCUCUUGCGUGCGCACGCUGCGCACGCGGCAGGAGGGCGGGCUCGAGGCGGCGCUCUGGCGCGAGGCGGACUCGCAGGCGCACUGCUACGCCACGGCAGACUACCUCGAGGGCCUGAGGGCGCUGACGGCCAAGCCGCGCGCGCCGCCCUCCUUCGCCGGCUACGAGGAGUGCUCGAGCGACCGCCCGCCCAAUCUGGGAUGAGUCGACUACUCGGUCGACCCCGUCGCGACCCCCAGCGGGCGAGAACGACACUUUAUUUCAGCCCCCUGCAGUCUCAGCCUCGGGGCGAGCGCGGGGGGCAAGAGGCCGCCCAGAGAGUCCGCCGGGUGAAAGCACACGAGAUGCCACAGAGACGCCGAGAGGGGGAGGUGGGUGGCGCGAGAGAUCGCGUGCCCUCAGAUCGUGCGGUCUUAUAUUAAUAUGAUACAGGAGC